AUGAAUGCUGAUGGGAGAACCGGAGAAAAUUCUAGUGCUGAGACGCGAAAGAAGCCCCAUAAGCCGAACAUUUUGUCUCGUUUAUUUCUAUGGUGGAUGUGCCCCGUACUUGUUAAAGGAAAUCAAAGAGACAUUGUCGAGGAUGACCUCAUAAUUCCGAAAAAGUCAUAUAAUUCUGAAAAUCAAGGAGAGUAUUUAGAAAGGUAUUGGCUCCAAGAAUAUGAGGCCGCGAUAAAGGAGAAAAGGGAGCCGUCAUUGUGGACAGCUUUACGAAAAGCUUACUGGUUGGGAUACAUGCCGGGAGCUAUCUACUUGAUAAUCAUAUCUGUCUUCAGGAUAAUUCAGCCGCUAGUAUUCGCCGAACUGCUUUCCUACUGGUCAGUAGAAGCAACUAUAACUCGACUAGAAGCAAGCUAUUAUGCUCUAGCACUUUUAGGUAUAAACUUCAUUAAUAUGAUGUGUCAACAUCACAAUUCAUUGUUUGUAGCGCGCUUUGGACUCAAGGUUAAAGUGGCUUGCUCAUCUUUAGUAUAUAGAAAGUUGUUGCGCAUGGACCAAGUAGCCUUAGGAGAUGUAAGCGGAGGGAAACUGGUGAACCUGUUAUCUAAUGAUGUUGCUAGAUUCGACUACGCAUUCAUGUUUUUGCACUACCUCUGGGUGGUACCAGUUCAAGCGGCUGUAGUACUAUAUUUCUUAUAUAUUUCUGCGGGAUACGCACCGUUCGUCGGCUUCUUUGGGGUUGUGAUUUUAAUUCUACCUAUACAAGCUGGUCUCACAAAAUUGACCUCUGUGGUCAGAAGAGAAACUGCUCAGAGAACCGACCGAAGAAUAAAAUUGAUGACGGAAAUUAUUAAUGGCAUUCAGGUUAUUAAAAUGUACGCAUGGGAGAAACCGUUCCAAGCAAUCGUCAAGGUGGCAAGAAACUUCGAAAUGAUAGCACUCAGGAAGUCUAUAUUCAUUCGGAGUGUUUUCCUUGGUUUCAUGCUGUUCACUGAAAGAAGUAUAAUAUUUAUAACAUGUUUGACAUUUUUACUUACGGGUAACCUUGUUACAGCUACUCUGAUUUACCCUAUUCAACAAUACAUCAGCAUUAUUCAAAUCAAUUUGACUAUGAUACUGCCUCUUGCCAUUGCAAGUUUGUCUGAAAUGCUGGUCUCGUUGGAACGCAUUCAAAAUUUCUUGGUGAAAGAUGAAAGAGAGGACGUCCAAAUAACACCAAAAUCUUAUGGAGAUGAUAAUAGAUUGAUUUUCAACAACAAGGCAUCGCUUGGCCCUCAAAACGAAAUUAUCCCAAAGAAAUAUUUAGCCACCGAUGGCCAACUUGCCUCAACAUUAACGAAUGAACCAGUGCUUUCAACUGACCCAGCCGUGUGUGACUAUCCCAUAGAAUUAUCUAAAGUAGACGCCACAUGGUCGUCAUCAACAGAUACUUCAGAAAUGACGCUAAGGAAUAUUACUCUCAGAAUAGGCAGAGGCAAACUUUGUGCUAUAAUUGGACCUGUUGGAUCAGGAAAGUCAUCCAUUUUGCAAGUUCUUCUGAAAGAACUGCCGGUUUGCGGUGGUAGCCUGAGAAUAAAUGGGAGGCUUUCCUACGCGUGUCAAGAGUCUUGGCUGUUCCCUGCUACUGUGAGAGAAAACAUUUUGUUUGGUUUGCCGUACGACUCACAGAAAUAUCACGAGGUGUGUAAAGCUUGUUCGUUGCUUCCUGAUUUCAAACAAUUUCCGUACGGAGACCUCUCCUUAGUUGGAGAGCGAGGAGUAUCCUUGUCAGGGGGACAGCGUGCCAGAAUUAAUCUCGCUAGGGCUGUUUACCGAGAGGCCGACAUUUACUUGCUAGAUGAUCCUCUCUCAGCAGUGGAUGCCAACGUUGGCAGGCAGCUGUUUGACGGUUGUAUCAAAGGAUAUCUGCGGGGUCGAACUUGUGUCCUUGUAACCCAUCAAAUCCACUAUCUUAAAGCAGCUGACAUUAUUGUCAUACUGAACGAGGGAGCAAUUGAAAACGUUGGUAGCUACGAUGAUUUGGUCAACACCGGAACAGAGUUUUCGAAGCUGUUGACUAAUCAAGAAAGCAACGAUAAUGAGAAUGGUCCGGAAAAGAAUUUCUUACGGGCUAUAUCGAAAAUAUCUACUAAGAGUGUUGAAGAUCCAGAUAACGAGAAGGUACAAGUGGAGGAAGAAGAGAAACGUGCCAAAGGAAAUUUGAAAUUCUCUGUUUUAUACAAGUAUUUGUCUGCAGUGAAAUCAUGGUUUCUAGUAUUUCUGAUGGUAGUCACAUUAGUUAUCACACAAGGAUGUGCGACGUUCAUAGAUUAUUGGCUGAGUUUUUGGACAAAUCAAGUUGAUGAGUAUGAACAAUCUUUAGCUGAGGGAGAAGAACCGAGCACAAGUUUGGACACGCAAGCCGGAGCGUUCACUUUAGGAGUAUACCUUUGGACUUAUGGCGGAGUCAUCUUAAUCCUCAUAGUGAUCAGUCACGUCAGAAUUUUAACUUUCGUCAUUACGACUAUGAGAGCUUCAUCUAAUUUUCAUGAUACCGUUUAUAAAAAGUUGAUUAUCACAGUUAUGCGAUUCUUUGACAUGAAUCCCUCAGGUCGUGUGUUGAAUCGUUUUUCAAAGGAUAUGGGUGCGAUGGACGAAUUCCUUCCGAGGAGUUUAUUUGAAACUGUUCAGAUGUAUUUAACAUUAUGCAGUAUACUUAUUUUAAAUGCUAUAGCAUUACCGUGGACGUUGAUCCCAACAGCGGUACUUUUGAUUCUCUUCUUCGUUCUCCUGAAAUGGUACUUAAAUGCUGCUCAAGCUGUAAAAAGAUUAGAAGGCACAACCAAGAGUCCAGUACUGGGCAUGAUCAACUCAACCCUCACAGGUCUGUCUACGAUCCGAAGUUCUAACUCACAAGGACGACUGCUACAAAUGUUUGAUAACGCACAGAAUCUCCACACGAGUGCAUUUUAUACGUUUGUUGGUGGAUCAACUGCAUUUGGUUUAUAUCUGGAUGCGCUUUGCCUAGUUUAUUUGGGAGUGAUAUUGACGAUCUUCCUUGUAAUCGACUUCAGUACUUUAAUUCCCGUCGGUAGCGUGGGCUUGGCUGUGAGUCAGUCUAUGGUGUUAACGAUGAUGCUGCAAAUGGCGGCUCGGUUCACAGCCGAUUUCCUCGGACAAAUGACGGCUGUCGAGAGAGUUCUCGAAUAUACCGAGCUUCCGAUGGAAGAAAACAUGUAUGAUGGAUCCCAACUUCCCAAGGACUGGCCUACACACGGUCGUAUUGAAUUUCAAAAUCUAUUUUUGAACUAUUCUCAAGAAGAUCCACCAGUACUCAAAGAUUUAAACUUUGUAAUUGAGAAUGGUUGGAAGGUUGGAGUAGUCGGUCGAACCGGUGCCGGCAAGUCUUCUAUGAUAUCCGCACUGUUCAGGCUGUACGAACUGCAAGGACACAUCAGAAUAGACGGAAUCGAUACCAACAUCAUCGCUAAAACGGAGCUAAGAUCGAAGAUUUCUAUCAUUCCACAAGAACCGAUUUUGUUCUCUGCAUCGGUGCGAUACAAUUUGGAUCCCUUCGACAGUUAUAGCGACGACGAAAUUUGGAGAGCUUUGGAACAGGUUGAACUGAAAGAGGUAAUUCCAGCGCUCGAUUAUAAAGUGUCAGAAGGUGGCAGCAACUUCUCCGUCGGUCAGAGACAACUGGUAUGUUUGGCUCGAGCUGUUUUGCGUUCUAACAAAAUCCUUGUAAUGGACGAGGCGACAGCCAACGUUGAUCCUCAAACUGACGCGUUGAUUCAGACGACGAUACGUCGCGAGUUUGCGUCAUGUACGGUGAUCACGAUCGCGCACCGACUCAACACGAUCAUGGAUUCUGAUCGCGUCCUGGUCAUGGACAAAGGAGUUGUUGCCGAAUACGAUACUCCUUAUGCUCUGCUCUCCGACCCCAAUUCGAUCUUCAGCUCGAUGGUGCGCGAAACAGGAGAUACAAUGAGCAAAGUCCUCUUCCGAGUGGCUGAAGAUAAACAUCUUGGUAGAAAUAAAGAAAAAUGAACAUAGAAUACUAUUUUUUUGCUUUAUAAGAUUUUGUACGAAUUAAA